CUCCUCUCAGCAGCAGCCUGUCGGUCUGUCAGAGUGUGUGUGGUUCCUAGCCGUUCCGCCCCGGUCCGGUCGGGUCCGUGCCUCGGUGCCUCGGUGUGUGUGUGUGUCAGUGUGUGUGUCGGUGUGUGUCGGUGUGUGUGUGAGGCUGACCCGGUUUCUUCUCCGUGCUGUGGACCGGGAGAGCCUCUCUCUCCGACAGACUCUUUAAUGACCGGAUUUGUGUUUUGCUGCGCGAUGUACAUGGACAGAAGCAGCCUGAGCAGAGGCCCCUCCUCCUCCUCCAGUCCCAGCUUGCUGACUAAGAGUCUCUCUCUGGAGCCGUCCUGCUCUCCGUGUGGACACCAGGGGGCGCUGGACUCUGACGCUCCCCAGCAGCCGCUCUCUGACCCCGGGCCCAGCUCCUUCUCAUCAGGCCCCUCCUCCCUGGAUGGAGGGGCGGAGCUAACAGAGCGGCGCAGCUCGGCAGGAGGACUUCUAUUGGUUAAUGACACGGGGCCUCCAGAACUGCCGGCUACCACAAUAACACCACCGAGCAAGAGAGCGCCGCUGCCCGGGCCGAAGCCUCAGGUCCCCCCCAAACCGCCACACCUGCAGCAGCAGGCAGGUGUAUCCAGGCCACGCCCCCGGGCUCCUGAGAAGCCCCUCCCCCCUACCCCUCCAUGCCGACCCCUCCCAGCUGACCCCCGGGGGACCAGGAGCCCCCCAAACAGGGCUGAGGGGACCGCCUCCCCGACCUGCGUCUUGUCACUCAUUGAGAAGUUUGAACGGGAACAGAUCAUCGUGGUUCCUGACAUCACCGGCGGCGCUCUGUGUGCCCGCCUCCCUGAACCUCCGUCGUCUCGACCUUCAUCCCCACCUUCGUCAUCAUCAUCGGCAGCCCCUCCCCCUCCCGUUGAAGAGACGACUGCUGAGCUGACGUGUCAUGAUGACAUCACAGCGAGGGAUGAGUGCGAGGAGGGAGAACUGCAGCCUGAUGAGGACAAUGAGGAUGACGAUGAUGAUGAUGAUGAUGAAGAGCUGGUGGCGGCGUGUCGUGAUGACCUCCAUCAGAAGCGUCUCUCCAUGGAGUCGGGUUACAGCCCGUCAGAGAAACACCUGGAGGACGAUGUGGUUGCCGUAGAGAUGAGGGAACAACAACAGGAGCCUCCUCUGUUGGACCAAUCAGAGCUCCCAUCGGAGCGUCUGUCCCUCCCCUCCUCACAGACUGACGGGAAGCUGGCCAAUCGGGACAGCGGCAUCGACAGCAUCAGCUCCCCGUCACACAGCGAGGAGCUCUGCUUUGUUGGCGUGGAGGAUGGAGGAGUGGCUUAUCCUUGCAGCCCCGCCCUUCUCCCCCGACUCUCCAGCUCCUCCUCUUACGCAGGCGAGGGAGGGGAAGGGGAGGAGGGAGAGGGGAGGGGCGGAGCCAGGCGGAGGAGGGACUUCUCUGAGGAAGGAGACAGUGACCUGGAGGAGGAGGAGGAGGCGGAGCUUACGAUAGUUCUCCCGCCCCCGAAGACAGAGAGACAGGACUCUGUGGAGCUGUCUGUCCCUCAGAGGGUCUUCAACAUCGCCAACGAGCUGCUGCACACAGAAACCGCCUACGUCUCUAAGCUCCACCUCCUGGACCAGGUUUUCUGUGCCAGACUCCUGGAGGAGGCGCGCUCCCGCUCCUCGUUCCCCUGUGACGUGGUCCAGGGAAUCUUCUCCAACAUCUGCUCCAUCUACUGUUUCCACCAACAGUUCCUGCUGCCGGCGCUGAAGAAGCGCAUGGAGGAGUGGGAGUCUAACCCUCGGGUCGGGGACAUCCUGCAGAAGCUGGCUCCGUUCCUGAAGAUGUACGGGGAGUACGUGAAGAACUUCGACCGAGCGAUGGAGCUGGUGAACACCUGGACCGAGAGAUCUGCUCAGUUCAAGACCAUCAUCCAGGAGAUCCAGAGAGAGGAGCGCUGUGGGAACCUGACUCUGCAGCAUCACAUGUUGGAGCCGGUCCAGAGGAUUCCUCGCUACGAGCUGCUGCUCAAAGAUUACCUGCACCGCCUGCCGGAGGACGCCCCGGACUACAGGGACGCCCAGAAGUCUCUGGAGCUCAUUGCCACGGCAGCAGAACACUCAAACGCCGCCAUCAGGAAGAUGGAGCGGAUGAGGAAGUUGUUGAAGGUAUACGAGUUGUUGGGAGGAGAGGAAGACAUCGUGAACCCGACGAACGAGCUCAUCAAGGAGGGACACAUCCUCAAACUGUCCAACAAGAACGGGACUACGCAGGACAGAUACCUCAUCCUGUUUAAUGACAGGUUGCUGUACUGCGUCCCAAAGCUGCGUCUGAUUGGUCAGAAAUACGGCGUCCGUGCUCGUAUCGAUGUGGACGGUAUGGAGCUGAAGGAGACCAGCAGUGCUGCGGUUCCCAGGACGUUCCUGGUCUCGGGGAAGCAGAGGUCUCUGGAGCUGCAGGCCAGGACGGAGGAGGAGAAGAGAGACUGGAUACAGGCCAUCCAGGCGACGAUCCAGAGACACGAGCAGACGAUGGAGAGCUUCAGGCAGCUGAACUGUUCCCUCAGAGAUGAUGAGUCCACUCCUCCUCACUCUCCGAGCUGUGUGGAGCUGGGGAAACGAGCUCCGACUCCCAUCAGAGAGAAAGAGGUCACCCUGUGUAUGAAGUGUCAGGAGCCGUUCAACUCCAUCACCAAGAGACGCCACCACUGCAAAGCCUGCGGACACGAUCUGUCCUGUAGAUCAGCAGCUAGUGGAACAGGUGUUGUGUAUUCAGAGAUCUUCACUCGUCAUCGGAGCCUGUGGGAGCCCGGUCACCCAGAGAGUCCAGACAGAGUGACGUCCAUCAUGGAGGAGCUGAGGAGACAAGAGCUGCUGUCUCACUGCAUCACUGUCCAGCCCAGAGAAGCGACAGAAGAGGAGCUGCUGCUCGCUCACACGAAACAGUACGUGGAUCUGAUGAGGUCGACUCAGAGCAAGACGGAGGAGGAGCUACACACUCUGUCUGACAACUACGACUCAGUGUACCUUCAUCCUGAGACCUUCCAGGUGUGUGUGUCAGCAGUGGGUUCAGUCCUCCAGCUGGUCGAUCAGGUGAUGACCUCUGAACUCAGGAACGGGUUCGCAGUCAUCAGACCUCCGGGUCAUCACGCUCAGUCCGAUCAGGCUAACGGUUUCUGUAUCUUCAACAACGUGGCGAUCGCUGCUCGAUACGCUCGGACCAGACACUCAGUCAGCAGGGUUCUGAUAGUGGACUGGGAUGUUCAUCACGGUCAGGGGAUCCAGUACCUGUUCCAGGACGACCCCAGUGUGCUGUACUUCAGUGUGCACAGGUAUGAGGGCGGGGCUUACUGGCCACACCUCCCAGAGUCUGACAGUGUGAGCGUGGGCAGCGGGCGAGCUGAAGGACGAAACAUCAACCUGCCCUGGAACAAGACGGGGAUGACAGACGCUGAUUACAUCUCAGCUUUUCAACAACUGUUGCUGCCUGUAGCCCACGAGUUUCAGCCUCAGCUGGUCCUGGUCUCUGCAGGAUUUGAUGCUGCAGUCGGAGACGAGAAGGGAGAGAUGUGUGUGAGCCCUCCGUGUUUCCACAUCCUCACUCACAUGUUGAUGAGUCUGGCAGAAGGUCGACUCGUCCUCGCUCUCGAGGGAGGUUACAACCUGCAGUCAACAGCAGAGGGCGCUGCGGCCUGUGUUCGAGCUCUGCUGGGAGGAGCCUGUCCUCCUCUGACUCCGCCCACUGCUCCCUCUGACUCCGCCCUGCGGUCCAUCUCUCAGACGGUGUCCUCUCUGUACCCGUUCUGGGCGUCUCUGCAGACUCUCGAGGGCGGCUCAGCAGCUGAUGGGUGUGUCAUCAGAGCAACAACCAAUGAGCAGAGCACAAAACCAUCCAGCUCCUCCCCCUCUGUGACCACGACAACAGGUCUGGUUUAUGAUGAGAGGAUGAUGGAACACACCAACAUGUGGGACAGAUAUCACCCUGAACAGCCUCAGAGGAUCUUUAAGAUCUUCUCCAAACAUCAGCAGAUGGGAUUGGUCGCUCGCUGCCAACGGAUACCAGCCCGCCUAGCAACAGAGGAGGAGCUGUCCACAUGUCACAGUAUGCAGCACAUUCAGCAGAUGAAGGCCACAGCAAAUAUGAAGCCCAGAGACCUGCACAAACUGGGGAACGACUUUAACUCCAUCUUCCUCAACAACCAGAGCUUCACGUCCGCUCUGCUGGCCGCAGGAAGCUGCUUCAGCGCGGUGGAGAGCAUCCUGUCAGGACAGGUGAGUAAUGGCGUGGCGAUCGUCCGUCCUCCGGGUCACCACGCCGAGAGAGAUUCUCCGUGUGGGUUCUGUCUCUUUAACACGGCAGCCGUGGCUGCUCGCCACGCCCAGAAAAUAUCCCAGGAUGCACCACUGCGAGUCCUCAUCCUGGACUGGGACGUUCACCACGGCAACGGGACUCAGCACAUGUUCGAGGACGACGCCAGUGUCCUCUACAUCUCCCUCCAUCGCUAUGACAACGGGACCUUCUUCCCGUCCUCCAUAGACGCCGCUCCAGACAGAGUGGGCGUGGCCCAGGGGGCGGGGUUUAAUGUCAAUGUGGCAUGGAGCGGUGGAAGGAUGGGCGACUCAGACUACCUCGCCGCCUUUCAACAAGUUGUCAUGCCGAUCGCCACUGAGUUUAACCCUGGUCUGGUUCUGGUGUCAGCUGGGUUCGAUGCCGCCCGGGGGGAUCCUCUGGGAGGAUAUCAGGUGUCCCCUGAAGGAUACGCACACCUCACACACCUGCUGAUGUCACUGGCUGGGGGGCGUGUCCUAAUCAUACUGGAGGGCGGUUAUAAUCUGGUCUCCAUCUCUGACUCCAUGGCCAUGUGCACCAGCGUGUUGCUAGGAGACCCUCCUCCGUCCUUAGUGACGCCCCUCCCUCCUCCCCAUCACAACGCCGUGGCAACGAUCAACCAGGUGAUCCGACACCACGCCCCCUACUGGCGGUCUCUGAGGAUACACAUUCCAGAGUCGGUGCGAGCCUCCCUCCCCUCCCCAAAGCAUCGUGGGAAACGUAGUUCUAAAGGAAGAGGCAGGAGGUCAGAUCAGAGCAGUGCAGACAGACCUCCUCUGCCCCCUACAGGACGGGAGGACUCCACGCCGGAGCUCGGUCUGGAGCAGCUCACUCAGGGAUUGGCUGGUUUGGACAUCAGUCAGACCUCAGCCAAUCACACCCCUGUCACGUCAACACCAGUGGGCGGAGCCAGGCCAAAGGUCCGCCUCAGCUCGGAGAAGGUUACCUGUGAAGGUGAAGUAAAGGCGGAGUCAGAGGAGGGGACACCUGAGCAGAGCCAAUCAGGAGACAGCGUGCAGCCUCAGGCCGUUACCGUGGCAGCAUCAGACUCUGUUGCCCCCGGAGACGAGUCAGCUGGACAGAAGGAGGCGGAGCCAGAGCCAGAGGGAGCGUGUGGUUGGUCGAAGUCUCAGAUGUCUCUGGAGCUGACGUGUGGAGGACAAACAGACUCCCCUCUGUAUGUAGUGGACCCUCUUCCCUGGUGUCCUCACCUGGAUGCAGUUAAGCCCCUCCCCCCUGCAGGUAUAGAUGUCUUCCAGGUGUGUCAGGACUGCGGCUCUGAAGCUGAGAACUGGAUCUGUCUCACCUGCUACCAGGUGUUCUGUGGUCGCUACGUGAACGAGCACAUGGUGACUCACGGCGUGGUGUCGGAGCACCCGAUGGUCCUGAGCUUCUGCGACCUGUCGGCCUGGUGUUACCUGUGUGAGUCCUACGUCCACAACCAGAUUCUGUUUGAGGCUAAAAACGCCGCCCACUGUAACAAGUUCGGAGAGGAGAUCCCUCCAUGGACCUGAGAGGAAGAGGAAGAGGAGGAGGAGGAGGAGGAGAGGAGGAGGAGAA